UAUUACUAAAAUAAAGAUAUACCGCUAUAAUAUUCUAUUUUUUAUUGUUUUAAGUUUUUCGGAGUAUUGCAAUUGUCUGCAAUAUUUAACGGAAGCUAGAAACUAUUUUUUCCUUUUAAAAUAUCAGGACUUUUACCAUUUUUAUGUUUUUUUUUGCAAGACACGGCUAUCCAAAUCAGGACUGUUCUUCGAAAAAGGAAUACGUGGCAACCCUAAUAAUGCGGGAAAAUAUUAACAAAAACGUUUGUCUGGGAAUAGGAUACAGCUACGAGAGCAUACACUAAUUAAACACUUGACUUUUGGAAACCUUACCUAAUUACGUCAUGCUUAUGCGACAUUACGGGAUCCCUGAAUUUGGUCUUUAGUUUUUCAUGCAGAAAAGGUGUAAACAUAGGGAUUCGUAUAUUUUUGAUUAGCGCAAUGGAAAGCCUUCUAAAAAAAGAAUUAAACACGUCGAUCCUUAAGUCUUCGGGCUGUGGAGGAGGAGGGUGCAUUAGUCAAGGGACUGCUUAUGAUACCGACAAUGGCAGGAUCUUUGUCAAGUUUAACCACAAGAGUAAGGCAAGAAUAAUGUUUGAUGGAGAAAUGGCAAGUCUGGAAGCCAUCUUGCGAACAAAUACAGUGAAAGUGCCAAAACCUAUCAAAGUUAUUGAUCUUCCUGAUGGUGGUGCCAUGUUUGCUAUGGAGUACUUGGAUAUGAGGAGUUUAAACAGAUAUUCAGCAAAGCUUGGAGAGCAGAUGGCAGACUUGCAUCUUCAUAAUCAGAAUCUGGGGAUGAAGAUUAAAGCCGAGGAGCAAACCAUUGGUAAGGGCCCAGGACAAUCUGAACUUCAGUACGUGGACAGAUUUGGCUUCCACACAAGCACAUGUUGCGGAUAUAUUCCCCAGGUCAAUGACUGGUGCACUGACUGGGUCGCAUUCUACACAAACUACAAACUGCAACCUCAGCUUGAAAUGAUUGAAAAGGAAUAUGGUGACAGGGAAGCGAGAGAACUCUGGUCACAGCUCAAGAUCAAAAUCCCUGACUUUUUCCAUGACAUAGAUAUUGUUCCUGCUCUUCUUCAUGGGGAUCUGUGGGGAGGAAAUGUUGCAGAAUGCGAUUCAGGCCCAGUAAUAUUUGACCCAGCCUCCUUCUAUGGACAUUCGGAAUUUGAGCUGGCAAUAGCAGGGAUGUUUGGAGGGUUUGGCAGCUCUUUCUACUCUGCAUAUCACAGUAAGAUCCCCAAAGCUGCAGGCUUUGACAAACGGUUGAAGUUGUACCAGGUCUUCCAUUACUUGAACCACUGGAACCACUUUGGGACAUCGUACAGGAGCUCAUCUUUGAGUGGGAUGAGAAGCCUUCUCAAGUAACUGCAGCACAAUUACAGAAGUUACUUGGAUUGUGCUAAAGGUGUUCUGAAUAUGUUUAUUAACUGAAGAUUCACUAGUGGUGAACCUCUAUUCCUGCUAAGCAAGAAGAAUGCAGCAGCUGCUUCACUAAUCUUAACUCAUUCUUAACUCUACUCUGGUGACUAGCUGUAUCCUGCCAAAUUUGUUAGGCCUUGUAAUAGCAGUAAUCAGGAAUGUAAAAUGUAUAACUGUGUUGCUUAAGCUUGCAUAGAUAUGUGCACUAUUCAAAAUAUGUGUGCUACCAUUUGGUAGUUCAUUUAAUUAGUCCUGAAGAAGGACUGCAUUUUCUGCAGCACCAUCUGAGCAGUUGCUUUAUUUCAGAGCACUAAGGCCUAAGAAUGUCAUCUCUGCUAGUUAAAGAUCAUUAAAUUAGCAGAGCUGUGAAAACAGAAGGUUAUACACUUAGGUGUUGAGUCUCAUCAGCAUUUUACAUUGUGCUGUGUUUUUUUUGCUGAAAUUUUAAUGGAUUAUAAAAAUAAAAUAACUCCCCAUGGCAAUUAGCCUAGCA